GAUUUCAUUUUUCGUCUUCUUCCAUUUUCAUCUGCGAAGCCGAAGACUUCUGAAUCCCUUUAGAACACCCAAUCAACCCCUCGAUUUUAUCUAUGCAAACAAAACAAUCAAUCACAGAAGCACACACAAACCAGAAAUUCGCACUCUGAAUCAACGACAUGUAAAAUUGCGUGCUUAACUGGCCUCCCAUUGCAUCUUCAUCUCCGUCAACCUUCACUUUUUCCUUGUAAUAAACCCUUUGAUCUGCCUAGGUUUUAUCGUCAUUUCCACUAAAGAAUCCAUCGCUUCGGGGUAUAAAUAAUAAUGGCUGCAACAGCAUUUAACGGAUGUAUUAGUACUAUCAAGUCUCAUGGGCAUAAGAGUAAUUUCGCUCUUGAUCUAGAAUAUGGAAAUAGUUCUCUUCGUUUGACCUCAAAAGGUUUUAAGAUCAAUCUUGAAGUAUCUGGAAAAGAUCGUUACUGCUCUAGAAAGAGGGGCUUUUAUGUAAUUCAAGCAUCUUCUUCUUCUUCUCAAACUACAGUAUUAGACCAAGUUUCGUCCCCAUUAAACAACAAAGUGGACACCCCUAAGAAAUCAAGUGAAGCGGCAUUGAUAUUGAUUAGACAUGGUGAGUCUCUAUGGAACGAAAAGAAUUUAUUCACGGGUUGUGUUGAUGUGCCAUUGACAAAAAAAGGAGUGGAAGAAGCGGUUGAAGCCGGUAAAAGAAUAAGCAAUAUACCCGUCGACAUGAUUUAUACAUCCGCACUUAUUCGUGCACAAAUGACUGCCAUGCUUGCCAUGACUCAACAUCGCCGCAAGAAGGUACCUAUUGUCUUGCAUAACGAAAGCGAACAAGCAAAAUCUUGGAGUCAAAUUUUUAGUGAAGAAACCAAAAAGCAAUGUAUCCCGGUUGUUACCGCUUGGCAACUUAACGAACGAAUGUAUGGGGAAUUACAAGGACUAAAUAAGCAAGAAACUGCUGAUAAAUAUGGAAAAGAACAAGUUCAUGAAUGGAGAAGAAGUUUUGACAUCCCUCCACCAAAUGGUGAAAGUUUAGAAAUGUGUGCAGAAAGAGCCGUUGCAUACUUCAAAGAACACAUUGAACCACAACUACAAGGUGGAAAGAAUGUAAUGAUUGCUGCACAUGGGAAUUCUUUGAGAUCCAUCAUAAUGUAUCUUGACAAAUUAACUUCUCAAGAGGUUAUAAGUUUGGAACUUUCUACGGGUAUACCAAUGCUUUAUAUUGUUAAAGAGGAAAAAUAUAUUAGAAGAGGAAGUCCAGCUGCACCAAGUGAAGCAAGCGUUUAUGCUUAUACCAAGAAUUUGGCUCGAUACAGACAGAAGUUAGAUGAGAUGGUUCAUUGAUGAUUCAGCAGGUUAUUAUAUAUCUAUUUCUCAUCUUCAUUUUGUGGGACCCAUCAUAGUAGGACAAUAUAUGUGUUGGUGUUCAGUGUUCUAGAUUUUCAGUGUACUUUUUUUUUUUUGUCUUUUUUAGGAUGCAAGAU